AUGGAGAAAUUAACAUUCAGGCAGAAAGUCGACGGUUUCUUCAAGUUUCUUUGGAAUUCCGAGAAAAAGGAGGUUUUAGGCCGCACUGGAAGAAGCUGGGCUGAAAUAGGUGCAUUCUACUUGGUAUUCUACACAGUCCUAGCAGCUUUCUUUGCUGCCACGAUUGCAGGCUUCUAUCAGACAAUCGAUGAUGACUAUCCAAAACUACAAGGAGAUAGUAGCUUAUUGAAAGCUAAUCCUGGCAUGGGUUAUGGACCAAUGCCGGACAUCGAAACAACUUUAAUCCAUGUAACGAAGGAGGGAAGAAAAAGUUAUGUGGAUCACAUUAACAAAAUGCUCGCAGACUAUAAUCAAACAAACUUGGAUAAUACGGAUUGCUCCAGGAUUAACUCAACCAGACCCAAUGAACCUAUUUCUUGUGAAGUGAAUUUUAAAGAGCUCACCAAGAAUUGUAACGAGGAAAAUGGAUACGGUUUCCUAGAUGGAAAGCCUUGUAUUUUGCUGAAGUUGAACAGGAUCUUUGGAUGGGAGCCCCAGGUGUGGACUCCAGCUGAAGCUCAGGGAGUCAGAGCCAUCCCUGAUGCUAUCAAACAUCAUUACACUGAUGACCGAAUCUGGAUUGACUGUCACGGAGAGAAUCCUGCAGAUAAUGAUAACUUGGGCCCACUGGAAUACUCGCCCCAGCAAGGCUUCCCCAAGGCUUUCUACCCGUUCAAGAACCAGAAGGACUACCGGUCACCCCUGGUGUUUGUCAAGUUUAACAAUUUCACCAGCCACCUGGGUUUUAUGAUUGAGUGCAAGGCCCUAGCCAAGAACAUUGAAGUCGACCGGGCAGAGAAAGAGGGCAGUGUGCAUUUCGAGUUGCUGAUCGAUGUGUGA